CCCGGAGAGCAAUCAGGGAGACGGCUCCCGGGCCAGACUUGGCUGAUGUUUUCUUGUUUCUGUUUCAGCCUUCAGGAUAAUUCCUUCAGCAGCACCGCUGUAACAGAGUGUGACGAAGACACAGUCUCUCUACAUGAAGCUCAGACUGAUUGCUCUAGUCUCAGAGAUGAAAACAAUAAAGAGAAUUAUCCGGACGCAGGACUGGUAGAGGAGCACGUGGCCCCCUCCUUCGAGGCGCAGCAGCAUGUAGAGCAGACCGUGCUGGUGGACGGUGUGCUACGACCCAGCAUGGGCAACUUCAAGUCCCGCAAGCCCAAGUCCAGCUUCAGAACUGAGAGCGGAAGGAGCCACAGGGAAAGCCAGGAGCCAGACCAUGUGGUCCCCACACAAACGGAGUGCCAGGGUAGAGUGGGAACACCAGCUCAUCAGAGUCCACAAAACAACACCUUCCGGUGCCAAGAAACAGUAGGACUUCAACCAAGACUAGACCAGAGAGCUUCCAUUUGGCCAAAGGAUGCUUUUGAAACUCAGCAAGACUUGAAUGAGAAUUCCUUGCUGAAGCUCCAAGCCCUCGAAUCUGAUGUGUGCUCUGCAUUUUUGACAAACCAGGAAGAAGCGGCUCAGGUGCCUGGAGUCAAGGAUCCAGUUCCAGCAUCGACCCAGAGUGUGCCUGCCGAGGGGGAAGAUUCUGCAGAUCCCAUAUCAGCUCACAAAGAUGGGCAGAAUGAGGCUGACAGUACACCAGAAGACCUCCAGUCUGUGGGGACCAGCAGGCUGCUCUAUCAUAUCACUGAUGGUGACAACCCUCUGCUGUCACCACGUUGCUCCAUCUUUAGCCAAAGCCAGAGAUUCAACUUAGACCCAGAGUCAGCCCCAUCUCCACCCAGUACUCAGCAGUUUAUGAUGCCCAGAAGUUCUUCACGGUGCAGCUGUGGUGAUGGCAAAGAGCCACAGACCAUUACCCAGCUCACCAAGCAUAUCCAGAGCCUCAAGAGGAAAAUUCGGAAAUUUGAAGAAAAAUUUGAACAAGAAAAGAAAUACCGGCCUUCCCAUGGUGACAAGACUUCUAAUCCUGAAGUCCUGAAAUGGAUGAAUGAUUUGGCUAAAGGUCGUAAACAGCUCAAAGAACUAAAGCUGAAGCUGUCAGAAGAACAAGGGAGUGCUCCCAAAGGCCCAACUCGAAACCUGUCCUGUGAACAACCCGCAGUCCCAAUGGAAAAUGGAAAGCCAGAAGCUGCAGGCCCGGAGCCAAGCUCCUCUGGAGAAGAGAUUUCAGAUACAACGUUGACAAGCCUGAAGGAGAAAAGAGAGCAGCUUCCUUCCCAGGAAGAUUCUAAGGUAAUUAAGCAAGACAAGAAUUUAAUAAAGCCUCUUUAUGAUCGAUACAGAAUCAUCAAGCAAAUCUUGUCCACACCUUCCCUUAUUCCAACAAUUCAGGAGGAAGAGGACUCUGAUGAAGACUGUCCACAGGGAAACCAACAACCUUCUUUACCGGAUUCAGUGUCUCACCUUCCUGUUGGUGAUCACCUCACCUACUCUAGUGAGACUGAGCCUGUGAGGGCCCUGCUAGCUGAUGAGAAGAAAGAAAUAAAACAGCCUGCCCUUUCCAUGUCUAAUUUACAUGAGGCAACCAUGCCUGUACUUCUUGAUCAUCUCCGAGAAACUAGGGCUGACAAGAAAAGACUUCGGAAAGCCCUAAGAGAAUUUGAAGAACAGUUUUUUAAACAAACAGGAAGAAGUCCACAAAAGGAGGACAGGAUACCAAUGGCAGAUGAGUACUAUGAAUACAAGCACAUAAAAGCUAAACUGAGACUAUUAGAAGUCCUCAUUAGCAAGCAAGAUGUGGCCAAAACUAUUUGAAGUUCAUGAAAUCUUUACCACUUUCAUACCAGUUAAACUUAUGUUCCUCUGCCAUUCCUGCUAAGAAGUUUUGAUAUAAUGAAAAUGGAAGCACUUUAGUGUAUAUUAACUAUUUUUAAGAAGGAAUAGUAUAAUUACACGCAAGAAGAAGGGAUUUAAAUGGGGAAAUGUAAUAGGCAUCCAGCUACUUGGGAAAAAUCAUGGUAAAUAUAGUUAUUUCAGAAAUAUCUAGUAUUUUAUUAAUCUAAACGACAGAUAGCCAGGCCACUUGUUUGGGAAAGUUUAGUGUCCAAAGAUUAUUUUUGAUGAUAUAUGGAAAACAGCAUGUUAGAUCAGUGAGAAUGGAAAAAUCUGCUUCUCAUUUCAUAUAGGAAGGAAAACAGCUAAUAAGGAAUGUAACUAACUUGAAAUUUUUAAGUGAUUUUAAAGUGAAAUAACGUCUGCUACCUUGUCUUUUAAAUCUGUUAGGCUUUUAGUACCUUGAAAUAUACUAGAAUGUGUCACUGCUAAUUUUUUAUUUCUAUAAAAAUAGCACAUUAUUUUAUGUUUUUGGAAACUUUACAUUUCUGGUUACCAAAGUUCUUUCUGAUAGCAUGUACAUUGUGAAUUAUCUUUGUCUAUAAUUGACAGAUGUUUAUAUUACAAUAUUGUAUUAAAGGUUUAAAAUAGGUAUUUUGGAUAGAUGUGUCUACAGUAUACUCUGAUGUGACCAUAGAAUUAUUGCUAAUCUUUUUGUUUACUAUAUCUAAAAUUAUAUAACUAUUUUUCCAUUUGGAAUAUGCAUUUUUCUUAAUGUUCCAAGGUCUAUUCUUUGUAAAGUAGACUUUUUCUCAUGAAAUGUAGUUAUUCAUUCUGUAUAAAAUGAAAGGUUUGGUAAUUGUCUGCCAUGACACCUUGGAAAAGAAGCCAGACAGAACAUUUUUGUUUCAUUAUCUUUGUGUAUCUUCUUUUGUUAUUUCAUACUAACAGACAUUUGUUUUAUUUUGCUUUUGUGAAAACAAGAUAUUUUUUCUCAUUACCAACCAUGUUUGUAUUUCUAUUUUCUGUAAUGUUUAAGCAUGAUAUUGAAGAAACUCACACUUUCAUGUAGCUUAGAUGAGAAUAUGGAUGAUUUCAGAAGCAGACUAUUUCAGAGGCUUAAUAUUUUCUCUGUAUUUACCUAAUAUUUUAUAACUUUUAUGAAUCAGAAUAAUUAAUGUCCUUCAUAAAUUUGUUUAAUUGAAGUCAUCUACUUGGAACAGGACAGAUACACAACUAUUUGAGGUUUACAAAUUACAUCUUUGAUAAGGGAAAUGGUUUCAUGACAUGUAUACAAUUGCUAUUAAAAUGUAACUAUAUAUUCUAUAUGACUGUAAAUAUUUUAUACAACAAUACAAAUAAAAUAUUUUUCUAUUAUAUUUA